UUUGCUGGGAUCUGAAUGCUUCAUGUCUCACGCUCCAAAAAAGUUCUGGCCUGGAACUCCAUAAAUGCACAUUUGGAGAAAGCACAGUGGUCAGACCAGGCUUCUUCACAAGAACAAUAUGUUUUGGCUUAGUAAGUGCUUGCUUUACUCUUUUACAAUCCUUGUUUUGAUUUAUGUCCUGCAUGUUUUUGUUUGUCUUCUCAGACAAAACUGUAUAUUUCUUUUUUUUAUGAAUGUUUUGAAUCUAGCUAUACAGGGCAGCAGACAAAACCACACAGUGAUCCCAAAAAAGACUAAUUGGUUUAUUUACUCAAAAUUCGGGUUCUCUUACGUUGAGUUAUGCAAAAUUGCUACAGCAGGUUUUGUUAGUAUUUGAAUCUAGGGAUGGCUAGACAUUAAGGAAAAUGGACAAAAUACGUAGGUCAAACAGUAUAAUUAAAAAUACAGACCAGCAAAUUGUAUGCAACAAUAGUUCACUUUCCUGCUGCUAAUGAAAUAUGCUAGCACAAAUUAAUGGCUUGUUACUUAAGCCUGCUGGAAAGACUUUGUCCUAGUACAAAAGGCAUUCAGUUUGAGCGCGUGUGUUACAAUCUUCUAACCAGCAAAGCUGGAGGUUGGAUGUAGCUAUAAAUCCAGUGUGUUCUGGGAAUAGAAGCUGGCAAAAACACUCCCAGCAAAAUAAUCAGAGCAAGAUCUCGCUGGGAUUUGGAUACUGGCUAAUGUAACUAAGUGCAGAUGUUUAUGUGGACCGAAAGACAUUCCCAGAAUAAGAAUACUGUACAAACACAUGAUGAUUUUUAUAGCAGAAAAAAACAAAGAUGUGGGGGUAAUAAAACAUAUGCUCUUAUUUCUGAUGAAGCAUUUUCUGUUUUCCUCGGCUCGCCUGCACUGAAGUGGGCAAGGCUGCCUCUACAGUAUCCUCUGCUGGGGCCUGUUGAAGCUUCUGCAAGUCGCUUGGGUUGCAGCUGUGGUGCUUACCUGAAGGUCUCCGUGGGCUCCCCGUGUGGGUCCUGUAGUCUCUCUUCCACCUGCGGAGAGAAGCAAGCGUUUCUGAAAGUGUUACCCUAAGGUAACGGCUAAAACAGGUCAGAUGAAUCCUAUCCCAAAUGCCUGGUUCCCUCUACCGACUGCAGAGGGAGUUUGGGGUGAUUGAUGAGCCAAAAUGGAGAUAUUUAUACUGUACCAAGAGUUUGGCCAGAUAAAUUCUGAUGAAAUGUGGAACUCUUUCCUCUGAUUUCUGGGGAUCCUGGGUUAGCUAUUCAAAAUCUUCAGAAGUACUGGGUAAGUCCUGGGCCUGAGAACAUGCCUACUGUAACUUCCCUAUGAUGAGUAGUCUCACUGAUCCGAAACUAGGAAAUCAGCAUCUUUGUGCUGUGUGGUUCAGGAAGACACAGACUACUAUAGGAUUUUAUUUUGCUGGUACUUAAGAUGACUUCUUUUUGCAGCCUGAAUUUAUUUAUGGGCAACUUUACUAUUUUGCCAAAAGUUUUGCUCUAUACCCCAAAACAGUAAGUUAUAUUCCCACUGCAUCACUCUGCUACCCUAACUUUACUUCUGUGUUCUCAAAAAGCUGAGCUAAGUAAUUGCCAUUAGUUUUACAGCCAUAUCUGAAUUAUUUUUACCUGAACUCCACUGCCUGCAUAGUGGCAUCAUUUCUUUUAUCUUGGAUCCUUCUUAUUUAUAUAGCUGAAGAACUGCCUGCUCUUUAUUUUCCUUACCAACUUUUAAUUUAGCUGGUAUUUCUUGCUUUAGUUCAGGGCUUCCCGGCCCUCUGAUUUUUUCAGUUUUUUUUUCUUUUUGUUUUGUUUUUUUUUUCCUGUUGUGGUUCUCUGCCUACUCUUCAUGACUUUUUGGUUGGCUCCAGCAUUCUUGCUUUCAACCUCUUCCCCCUGCUUUUAUUCUGAGGGCAAGUUCCAUUUAGCUUUUUACCAUUGAUUUAAACAUUGUCCAGCUUCUCCAGUGUUGAAAUCCUUAAGGUAUUAGUUGCAUUUGAGUUUUCUAAUUACUUUCAUUAAUUUCUCUAAAUUAGAUCCUUUUGGACAUUAACACUUUACAUUCAGGUUUGGUUUUGUUCUUCCAUUCUAACCCAGAUUAUGAUUGCUUCUCCAGUGUUCUCACUACUUAACAAAACUGUCUGAAAUAUGAUCUCAGUUCAGUGGCUAAUUGAAGACAUUUGUAGAGCACAGCAGACUUUUUUUUUUAGUACUAAUCUAGUAAAAAUCUUUAUCUUCAUUCCCCAAAGUAAGUAAAUCUAAUGCACAUAGAUUCCCUUUGACUUUUGAAUAGUGUUAGCCAUUCAUAAAUGUCAAUGCAUUAAAAUCUAUCUCAUUACCUUUACCAUAAAUUCAGUCUUUCCAAAGCAUCUCAAAUCCUGCUGCCAAGGUGUGGUUGCUAUUCUGCCUUGUUUAUAUUAUGCUUACAGUGUCAGAUUUCAUGUCUUCUGUUGUUAGUCCAAGCUCUCACAUAGGCAUCUGUUUGUAGUGUAUGAAUAUACUGGCUGCUUCUCAUUGAUUUCACCCAGAUCCCUGGCUGCCUUCAGUAAAAUCUUUUAGUCUGUUUUUUUAGGUAACACUUGCUUCCUUAUUUUAGUCAUCUUGUCCCCUGCUGUUUCUUUGUAUUCCUUUUUACCUGAAUUUCCUCUUCUUUCAGCUGUGAAAUUCAAGUGCAGAGAUCUGAACUCUCUGAUUCCUUCCCACGGUUGCUUAGUUUGCAGCUGUUACUAUCAGCGAGGCCAGUCCCGUAACAGAGACAAGGAUUUGCCCAAGACCUUGGGGUAGCAUCAACCAAGAAAAGCCCCCAAAAGGUACAUCCUACACUGCUGUAUUCAGCCUCUUGACCAUGUCUUGUGUUUGUCAAGUCAAAUCUGACUGGACCAACAGCUGUUACCUUUCAGUGGUCUCUCAUGAAAGAAAAAAGGAGAAACUACAUGCCCAGAGCAGCCAGACAGAUUCUGCAAACCAUUGAGAAAUAGAUGCUACAGAUGGUUGCUCUGUGAUUGAUUACAAACGAACUAGCCUCUUCUUCCCCUUUGCUUCCAAGAAAGAAACCCUAAAUCUUUCCGCAAUGACUUGCUUCUUCCCUUAAAAAGACAAUUUCCUUUUUUUUAGUUUCUAAUUGAUUAUGUCCCUCACUGACAAGUGAAUAGAAUAACUGUAAUUCCAGAUGUUGGGAAGAGAGCAUGCCUACUUUAGAAAUUCUCACAAAGCAAGUGUUUCCCAUUAGAACUGAGUGAAUUUGGUAUUUGUGAAUCUUUUGCAGAAAGUACAUUUGUCAAAGUUGCAUUUCUUGCAAAUUCUUUCAUUCCUUUUAUUCUGGUCAACUUCAAGUAAUAGUUUCAGGUGAGAGAAAUGGGGAGAAAAUAGGUGUUGAAUGUCAGUGUAUUUUUUUUUUUGAAAAAAUGAAAGCAAAAAGUUUCAAUUCUUCUUUUGUAAAAUGUUUUAUUCAGCACAUCAAGUUUAAUGUUUGAUUACGUAAACUUUCUGAAGUGUCCUUAAGAAACUGGGUGAAGGAGGGAGGAGAUAGCAUUUGUUAGUGGGAUGCAAAAGGAUACUUGAAAAUUUUUGGCCCCAAACAGUUUUUCUCCUAUUUUCCUCAGGCUGGCAAUCAAAAUGGGAAAAAUCAUAUUCACCCGGUUCUGUUCCUGAUAUUAAAAGAAAAUUCUUUUUGUUAAAGGAGAUGCUGAAUAAACAAUUCUUUUGCUGCUUAUUAUAUAAUGUCGAUAUAGGAGUGGGAAUUCGUGCUUUUUACCUGGACAGUUGUCCAGGUCCAGAGUUCACAAGUGAUUUGCUCUUGAGAAAGGAACUUCUUCUUGACUGCUUUGUCUUUCGGUCUGCCAAACUGAAAUAGGCAAAAUGAACGAAGUAUACCAGAUGUCUUCUAUUGAGAAGGUGCAGCAGCUGGAACAAGAACUAGCAGCACAGCUGGCAGAAGGCAGAAAUAGAAGACAACAGGAUACUCCAGGGAACACUGAGUAGGGCAUACAGGAUGCAUCUUAUUUCAGAAAAGAAAGGGAGGUAAUACUGAAGAAAGGCUUACAGCUUUUUACAGGCAGAAUUGCUCAGCUAGUCCAGACUAAAUAUUUGCACAUGCUUAGAUGGAAGAGAUUUUGUACGCACAGCAGUGUUAUUGAACAGCUUUAUCCUCUCUAUCAGAAGCAAAUUAGUCACAUCAUGGAGGAAUACAACGAUGCAGUUCAGAGGGCUGCAAGACUUUCAGCGGCAAGGGAAAGUUUCCGGACAGGAAAGAAAAAUCCGGUGAAUGUAGUGACACAGGAAGAUCUGAUGAUUUACACCCAGUGGUUGGUGUGUCACCUACACUCUCUGAAGGGCAUUCACCAUUUUCUCCAGGUCCACAAUGCUCAGUUCAUGGAGUUUGCAGAGGUGGAAAACCAUGACGACUUUCACGCUAGUGAAGAUGGAUAUAUUCACACGCAGGACCAGCGAGGGGUUUACAUAAUAUAUGAUGUGGCUUUAGAGGACCUGAAGGAGGUUAAGUACCAGCUGCUGCUUGUGGCCAGCCACUACACUGAGAAAGAUAAAAGCAAUGUAACUUGUGAGCAAUUCAGUAGCAGCAACAUUCUUCGCUGGGCACAUGCCUCUGUGGAUCAAUUUGCUGUGCUGCUUGACCUCUGGACCUGUGAAACUGCUCUCUUGGAAAAAAAAUCCCAGCUUCUAAAUGUUUACUCUGAAGCUUACCAACAUGCUUUGGACCCAGAGGAAAGAUGCUUGGCCCAACCAAUAACUGACAUCAUGCAUAAACGUCCAUGGUUUGAUCUCAACCUUGAAUAUUUUGUCAACACCUACAAAGAUGAACGCAUCUGUUUACAACCUCACCUCCAAGUGCUGAGGGACAUAGUAAACCAACAAAUAGAUGCCCAGCGGGAUUAUGUCCACAAGAUUUGGCAGGAAGGUCAAAGAGGUGGCAUUGGUGAAUUUGGACUUCCUUAUAAUGUAAUUACUAAGCACCUUAUCUCUCUUAAUACUAGCCAUCCUACUUUGAAGAACAUUUAUUUGCUGGAGUUUCACCCUUCUCUUGGUCUGGUGUGCUUGAUCCCCGAAGCUCUUGAGUAUAUCUACCAGGAAUUCUACAGCAUCUGCAGACCGAAAACAGCCAGUAAAUUAUUUGCUGAGGUACUGAUCGAAGACCCUGUGCUGGUGCAAGAGAUUGCUUUGUCACUAUCAGAGAUGGGAGCAGACGAAGAAAAAAAGACAGCCGGAGAAAAACAGCUAUUUACCCUGGAUUCCUUCUCCAUGCUCCUGGAGCUUGCCACGCUCCACCAUCAGCUGAUAGAGGUGGUGAUAGAGAGCACGCAGCUAGCCAGGUUAUAUAAGGCUUCUGCAACGGAAGCAGGUUUUGGUGAGUUCCAUUUGUACCUGAGGCCUGCGCUCUUCGAAUCUGCAUCUCACAGGGAGAAGGCAGAGCACCUCCCACCAAUGUUCAUUACAUCUCUCCUGGAAGAUGACAGCUGUGUUGACAGAUAUAUUCCAUCUAGCUUAACAUUGAGCAUCCAAGAAAUCGACAGUCAUCUUGGAAAAUUUAGUUUCCAUACAAGAGAUGGUGUUAUGCAGGUGAAUGAUUUAAUUUGCAGAAUAAGCAAAAAAUAUGUAUUAUGUUAUUAUUUAUUUGCGAGAGUAUGAAAGGGCCUCAGUCAUGCGUUUACUAGACACUAUAAACUUCUCUAUAGUUUGUCUUUCUCUGAGUGAUAAUAUGAUUUAGUCUACUGUUUUAUAAUUAACUUCAUAAAAUUGCACUGAAAAUUUGAUUGUUAAUGCGGCCUAAUCCAGGAAUACUUACUGGGAUGA